GUCUUUUGACAUAAAUAUCGAUGGAUGCGAUCUUUCAUCGAACUCGACUGUCGAGAGAGAAGGUGCUGAUCUGUGUUGGACCAGAGAAUGUGGAAGGUUGUGUGGGCAGCACUGCUGCUUCUGGCCACUGUGUGUGCCCAGAGAGGCUAUGCCAAGGAGACCAAGGGAGCACAGAGCCUAGGUCAUGUGUCAGUGGUCAUAGUGGGAGGUACAGGUGACUUGGCUAAGAAGUACCUGUGGCAGGGCUUCUUCCAUCUGUACGCUAACCAGGUCAGUAGCGGCUACAGCUUCUCCUUUUAUGGCGGAGGCCUGUCGCCCAACGAUAAGGCCACGCCGAUCCUGUUUGAAGUGCUGAAGGGAGUGGUCUGUCCUCGGGAGUUGUCUGUGGAGCGCUGUGCCCUGGUGAAGGAGCAGUUCCUGAGGCUGGCUGAGUAUCGGCAGUUGAAUACUUCAGAGGACUACCAGGCCCUGGGCAAACACCUGACAGAGCAGCUGAGGCAGGAGGGCAUAGUGGAGGCCGGCAGGCUGUUCUACAUGUCCGUGCCAGCCUUCGCUUAUGCGGACAUUGCAGAAAAGAUCAACAACAGCUGCAGGCCGACUGACGGGGCGUGGUUGAGGGUGGUGCUGGAGAAGCCAUUUGGCCAUGAUUUCAGUAGCGCCCAACUCCUGUCCACUCAACUGGGUGCCUCCCUCAAAGACAACGAGAUGUACAGGAUCGACCACUAUUUAGGGAAGCAGGUUGUCUCUAAGAUUUUGCCAUUCAGAAGGGAGAACAGCAAGCAUCUGGAUCUUAUCUGGAACAAGCACCACAUUGAGAGAGUUGAGAUUGUACUGAAGGAGACCCUGGAUGCCAAAGGUCGCAUCUCCUUCUAUGAACAGUAUGGCGUGAUCAGGGACGUGAUACAGAACCACCUGACUGAGGUCAUGACCCUUCUGACCAUGGAGCUCCCAUCCAACCUGAGCAACACUAAGGAAGUCCUCAAGAACAAGCUGAAGAUCUUCAGUGCCUUGCAGCGCCUGGACAGGGACUGUGCUGCCAUUGGUCAGUACCAGGCCUACAAUGCAGAGUUACAGGAAGAACUGAGCAAAACAAGGGAACACUUCAGCCUCACCCCCACCUUCGCUGGUAUAAUGGUGCACAUUGACCUAGCCCAGUACGAAGGCAUGCCAGUCAUUCUGACCUCAGGGAAGAUGCUGGAUGAGCGCGUAGGCUACGCUCGCAUUCUGUUCAAGAAUGACAUCUUCUGUAUCCAGAGCCACAGCAGCGUCCACUGCAAGCCCAAGCAGAUUGUGUUCUACUUUGGCCACGGCACUCUGCAGUACCCAGCCAUUCUCGUGAGUAAGAACCUGUUCAAGCCAGACCUGAUGGACACUGAGUGGAAGGAGGUAACAGAACACAAAGAUGUCAGUGUAUUAGGUUUGCCCAUCUCAGACUACUACGUGCUGACGCCAACGGUGGAGAGGGAGGCUUACGCAGAACUCAUUUUGCACAUCUUCCAAGGCCGGAAGGACAGCUUUAUCAGUGCUGAGAACCUGCUGGCCUCCUGGAGUUUCUGGACACCUCUCCUGCAGAGCCUGGCCGACACCUUUCCCCGCCUGUAUCCCGGGGGAGCGGACAAUGGCAACAUGCUGGAUUUCAAACUGUUGGGACGGAAGGUGACCUUCGCCAAUGAGGCACUGGUCAUGGUCACCCAGGACCACAUGGGCGGGUCUGGGAGGGAGAGCUUCCAGGUGAUGCAGGGUAAGUACCGCAGCGCUGACAUGGUGUCUGCCUGGCCCGAGGAGCUCAUCGUGCGGCUGGCCGGAGACCUGCAGGUUGCAGCGGAGAACGCGGUAAGGGAGGGCGGACGCUUCCACCUCGCCCUCUCCGGGGGCUCCAGUCCCCUAGCUCUGUUUCAGAGGCUGGCCCGUCACCACUACUCCUUCCCCUGGAGGGACACCCACGUGUGGAUGGUGGACGAGCGAUGCGUGCCUCUCACAGAGUUGGACUCCAACUUCCGCACCCUGCACGACCACCUGCUCCAACACGUGAAGAUGUCCUACUUCAACAUCCACCCCAUGCCGGUGCAGAUGAACCAGCGGCUGUGUGUGGAGGAGGAUAGUGGAGCGCUGCUCUAUGAGAGCGACAUCACCCAGUUGGUUAAUGCUUCCAGCUUCCACUUUGUCCUGCUGGGAGUGGGCUACGACGGCCACACUGCCUCUCUGUUCCCAGGCAGCAAACUAGAUGCAAGUGGGAACAGUCUAGUAGCCUUCACCGAGAGCCCAGCCAAGCCUCACCAGCGUAUGAGCCUCACCCUCAAGGCUAUCAACCAGGCCCAGAAAGUAGGUGUGCUGGUGAUGGGUAAGAGCAAACAUGAGCUGGUCACUCAGCUCAGUCGAGUCAAGGACAACCCAAAACAUUGGCCCAUCACUGGGAUCCGGCCGACCAGUGGCAGGCUAGUAUGGUACAUAGACUAUGAUGCUCUUUUAGGAUAGGGGAUACUGUAGCAAUGAAAUUAUGUGGAUUCAAUUCAUGAUUUGGAUUAAAUUAAUGAUUUGCUGUAGUUUUACUCUUUUGCUGUAUUUUGACCAAGAAUGUAAAGUAAUGAUAAAGUUCUGUUGAUUCUGUGCACCUUACUUAAAGUUUAAGGUAGAUGUGGUAUAUAUUUUAUUUUUCAAUAUACAAGAUGUAGGGUUAAUGAGGUGUGUGUGUGAUGCACUCAUGUAUUUUAAAGAAGUAUGAGUUUUUUUUAUCUCAGGAAAGCAAAGUGGAUAUGGAAGUUUGUUGUUCAGAUAAUGAAUAAUUAUUAAAAGACUAACUAUAUUUCAUAUAGUUGUAAAAACAGUACAUUUUCUCAUAAAGAUACCUGUUCUCCACUGAACCAGCAUAUAAUAUGAUUGUUAAAAGGGGAUUUUGAACUGUGAAAGGCCAAUAAUUUAGGUAAAAAUGAAUGAUCAACAGAUAAUGUAGGCUAUAGCCAUGUAUUAUUGUAUUUGUGCCUCAAUGACAAAAGAAAUCAAACUGCAUAAUCAAAUCAAAUCAAAUGUAUUUAUAUAGCCCUUCUUACAUCAGCUGAUAUCUCAAAGUGCUGUACAGAAACCCAGCCUAAAACCCCAAACAGCAAACAAUGCAGGUGUAGAAGCACGGUGGCUAGGAAAAACUCCCUAGAAAGGCCAAAACCUGUACUGUCCAGUACGUUCAAUUACCACAAAGCACAUUCUGAUCCAUUGCUGCUUUUGUUUUAAUCAGUGCUCGUGAAUUCAAAAAACUAAAAUGAUGAUCAAAUUGUAUUACUUGUUAUCUAUGUAAAAUGUCCACAGCCUUUGACCCGAAUGGGUGCCAGCACAGUAUUUCCUAAUACUUCCUCUUUUAAUGUGACAAAGUGAAAUGGUGCUUGUAUGUGGUUUUAGAAGAUGUGACCUUCCAAAUACUUUUUUAAAUAGAUUUAAAACAGGUUGAUGAAGGUUGGUCGAACCUCUUCACUACGUUUACCUUAAUUAAGGUCUGGAAGCUUCACGUAUACAUUUAAGGUCAUUUCCGAUUGAGCUGACAUAUGUAGCAUUCACCGUGAAUGCAGUCUCAGUGAUCCCGGGAACUUUGCCUUUUUAUCAUCAUCUAUUGAGUUAUAAUGCAGAUCUUCUGCGAUACGGAUGGAAUCCAGCCCUAUUUAUACAAAGAGGUGUAUGUUUAAUAUACUUAUGGUGCUUGUGAAAAGGAUUCAAUUAGGUUUCAAUUUGAUGUUUGUAGAUACAAGGUUCUAUCUGACAUUUUGGUUAAAAAAAUUGUUAGUCACAUAUAAUUUAUCUUUAGAUGGUUCUUCAUGUGCCUGUGAAGUUCGAUUUUUGAAAAAGUUAAGUUAAAAUUGUUUUUAUAUAUAUACAGUACCAGUCAGAAGUUUGGACAUUCCAGGUUUUGUAUUUAUUUGUACUAUUUUCUACAUUGUAGAAUAAUAGUGAAGACGUCAAAACUAUGAAAUAACACAUAUGGAAUCAUGUUGUAACCAAAAAAGUAUUAAACAAAGCUUCUUCAAAGUAGCCAGCCACCCUUUGCAUUGAUGACAGCUUUGCACACCCUUGGCAUUCUCUCAACCAGCUUCAUGAGGUAGUCAUCUGGAAUGUAUUUCAGUUAACAGGUGUGCCUUGUUAAAAAUGUAUUUGUGGAAUUUCUUUCCUUCUUAAUGCGUUUGAGCCAAUCAGUUGUGUUGUGACAAGGUAGGGGUGGAAUACAGAAGAUAGCCCUAUUUGGUAAAAGUACAUAUUAUGGCAAGAAUAGCUCAAAUAAGCAAAGAGAAACGACAGUCCAUCAUUACUUUCAGACAUGAAGGUCAGUCUAUCUGGAAAAUUUCAAGAACUUUGAAAGUUUCUUGAAGUGCAGUCGCAAAAACCUUCAAGCGCUGUGAUGAAACUGGCUCUCAUGAGGACCGCCACAGGAAAGGAAGACCCAGAGUUACCUCUGCUGCAGAGGAUAAGUUCAUUAGAGUUACCAGCCUCAGAAAUUGUAGCGCAAAUAAAUUCUUCACAGAGUUCAAGUAACAAACACAUCUCAACAUCAACUGUUCAGAGUAUACUGCAUGAAUCAGGCCUUCAUGGUCAUAUUUAUGCAAAACAAAACACUACUAAAGGACACCAAUAAUAAGAAGAGACUUGUUUGGGCCAAGAAACAUGAGCAAUGGACAUUAGACCGGUGGAAAUCUGUCCUUUGGUCUCAUCAAUCUUAAUUUGAGAUUUUUGUUUCGAACCGCUGUGUCUUUCUGAGACACAGAGUAGGUGCACGGAUGAUCUCUGCAUGUGUGGUUCCCACCAUGAAGCAUGGAGGAGGAGGUGUGAUGGUGUGGGGGUGCUUUGCUGGUGACACUGUCAGUGAUUUAUUUAGAAUUCAAGCCACACUUAACCAGCAUGGCUACCACAGCAUUCUGCAGCGAUACGCCAUCCCAUCUGAAUUGCGCUUAGUGGGACUAUCAUUUGCUUUUCAACAGGAUACUGAGCCAAAACACAGAGACAAACACAUCUCCGGGCUGUGUAAGGGCUAUUUGAUCAAGAAGGAGAGUGAUGGAGUGCUGCAUCAAAUGACCUGGCCUCCAAAAUCACCCGACCUCAACCCAAUUGAGAUGGUUUGUGAUGAGUUGGACCGCAGAGUGAAGGAAAAGCAGCCAACAAGUGAUCAGCAUAUGUGGGAACUCCUUCAAGACUGUUGGAAAGGCAUUCCAGGUAAAGCUGGUGGAGAGAAUGCCAAGACUGUGCAAGCUGUCAUCAAGGCAAAGGGUGGCUACUUUGAAGAAUCUAAAAUCUAAAAUAUAUUUUGAUUUGUUUUAACACUUUUUUGGUUACGACAUGAUUCCAUAUGUGUUAUUUCAUAGUUUUGAUGUCUUCACUAGUAUGUAGAAAAUAGUAAAAAUAUAGAAAAACCCUUGAAGGAGUAGGUGUGUCCACACUUUUGACUGGUACUGUACAUAUAAGUUCUAUCUGCAUAAACCCAUUUGAACUUGGCACUAAGGUUCUUUCUGCAAUCCAAUCACAAACCUGAACAAAUACAGACAGACCAAUCAGACCACGUCUUUGACAUUUCCCUCUAAGUAUGGUCUAGCCAGCAAUAACGGCACGGCAGCAAAAAACAAACCUGUCAGUAAUCAUUAAGUCAUUUAUCUAAUCAUAAUACCUGUCGUAAUGUAUUUGGUGAUGUCUUCUGAGUCUAUCAUUUACGUAUUCAAAUAGCUACAGUUAGAACCUUAUAGUCCCAUUGUCUCAAAAUGUUGUAGCACUUAAUUAUUCUCAAUGUUGUAAGUUAGUUGUCACCAACUGGUUAAUCGCUUUCCCCAAGCGGAUCUCCAAGGCAUUCCUAGUUGACCACUAAACACUUCUGUGAGGUGCCGCUUUUGUCUGACAAGUAUUUUUCGUUGCUCAUACAGGAGUAAUAAUUUGUUGAAAAAAAAAAUCUUAUCAGGGGGUACUGCAGCAUCCUCAGCACCCGUACUUCCCGUGGCUAUGUAUAGACCUACCACUGGCCAAUCAGAUAGCUCAGAUCACCAGUUCUGCACAGCUUCCUCAAGCCUAGACUGCAAAAAGAAGCCUUGAACACACAGCAAAGUUGAUACUGAGAUUUCAAAAACUAUGACUAGAGAGAGACUCAAUGAAUACACCAAAAAGCUUCUGAUUUGACAAGUAAGUUCGUGUUUAAGUUGUUAUUCAGCACUGUCAACACUUUGUUCAACACUUUUAUAAGCCAUAAAAUGUGCAUUCUCCCUACUUCCACUCACGCUACAUCAGCACUGCAGCUGGAAUGAAUGAGUAGCAAAGUGUAUCGAUAAACAUCCGUUGUUAUUAGUGGCUUAUCUUUUUUAAUAUCGAGAAAUAUUUCACUUUCUCUGGACAAUGUCAUAGGAGUAACAACAUGAAUUGGUGCAUGAGGCAGAAAUAAUGAAGUGCUACUUGAGUUUCGCCAUCGGCUGGAAGGCUGUCUCCUUUUCUCAGCGGAGGGAGGGAGAGUGGAGGGAUGGUUGGUCAGGUGAGACAGCCUACCUGCUGCUCCAUCCCACCCCUCAGAUUGAGUAAAAAAAAGUUUUAAAAGUUAAAAAAAAAAAGCUUAUUAUUAUGCUCCAUCGUCUGUGCCUCACAAGUAAUACAACAAAUGAUCUAUUACUAGUGUGAUCAUAUACUAUUUUUUCAAUGUCAUUUUAAAAUGGUCUGAGAAGAACAACAUUGGCAGGGCAAAUUCAAGCAGAGCCAAUAUGCAGUGAUAAUGUAUUCGGCCUAUAGCCUACUGCACAAACCUCAUUGCUGCAUAACUUUUUAAAAUUGGUUAAUGUUGAUCUCGGCUUGCAUUUUGACUCAGAAAGUGAUCUUGACUCAGAAAAGGUUGGUGACCACUGUUGUAAGUGAAAGUGUGGUUUGUUCCAUAUCACUUGAGGUUCAAAAAGGCUAUGAAUGAAGGAUUCGCUAAUGUUAUUAUUUUUUUUUACAUCUGGGGACCGAACACCACUUUUCUAUAUACUGUACACAAAUGGAAUUACUGUAACAUGUAGUCACUUUUUAAACACAAGGAAAUAAACUACAGCUUUCACA